AUGUUCGUGGAGCAAGUCCCCAUAGAUUUGCGAUCCGUCAAAACUUUGUGUAGAGUGAACCUGAAGUUUUGGACAGCUCCAUCCUGCUGCAAAUAUCUGAUACUUAAAGUAGAAGGACGAGGAGGACAAAUGAUCCAAUCGAGCUUCUGUGCAAAAUUUGGUAAAUUAUAUCCAUGGAGUAUUGCUCGUCUGCUGGCUAAGCUAAUGCUGUGAUUUACCUUGAUUUUCAGACAAUUUUCCCGCACAACAAAAUGGUGGUAUUAUUGAACGCGCAGUAGAAGAAGAUCCAGUUUCUAGGGGGUCAUUGAAUCUUAUACAACAAUGGAUUAGAAAGUGCAACGACAACCAGAAGCACUGUCCCCAGACAAAUCCCCCUCCACUCCCCACUCGAGUUCUGGAUCUCGGCGACGGCACGGAGUCUGAACCACGGCUUUUAGUAACAAGCAAGAAGUAUGGAUAUUACACAACUCUCAGUUACAGAUGGGGUGGCUCUAUCCCUAAGUGUACGACUACGGUAUGCUCGAUUUCACUUGAGACGCUCCCAAAAUCGUUUCGCGACGCGGCAAGAAUCACAAAAGCCUUAGGUAUACGGUAUGUGUGGAUUGAUGCAUUAUGCAUAAUCCAAGAUUCGAAGGAAGAUUGGGAAAAUGAAUGUCCGCAAAUGUGUAGCAUUUAUCAAAAUAGCUAGAUCACGAUUGCUGCACCGGAUGCUCCUAGCGCCGAGGCUGGAUUCCUUCACAGGCGUUCGAGACCAAUCUGCCUUCCUUACUACGACAGUGAGCGAACUCCUGCUGGGGAGAUGUGACUCCAAGUUCCUCCAAAGGAUUUCCCCGGGCGCUCUUUACUACGAGAUCGAGGAUGGGUGUUGCAGGAGGAAGUCCUUUCACGACGAACAAUUCUUUUUGGUACCGAAAACAAUUACUUCGAGUGUCAUGAAGUUAGAUAUUUGGAGCACCGCGGCCUGCUCAAACAAAUACCAAGAUAUAGUAAGCCAAACUUUCAGUGGCUUUAUGAGCCAGGUUUUGAAAAGGAAUGCGGAUAUGUCUGGAGACAAGUUGUUGAAGCUUACUCUCCAAGAUCUUUUACGUUUCCGACGGACAAGUUACCCGCUGUUUCUGGCAUCGCAAAAGAGUUCUCUUCAAAAACUGGAUACCAUUACCUUGCAGGACACUGGCGUGAGGAUUUGGUUUACUCCCUUAGAUGGCAUUACUCCCUUAGAUGGCAUUACUCCCUUAGAUGGCAACAAUGCGACAAAGCGCUUCGACUGGCAGACACUUACAGAGCACCUUCCUGGUCAUGGGCAUCUGUUGAUGGGGCAAUAGAUUACUCGUUUCGGAAUUUUCCAGAACCCGUGAACUCUGCUUACCCUGAGAUUAUCGACGUUUCCAUAGAUCUUGCCGGUUCAGAUCCUUUUGGCCAAGUUCGAUCGGGUUCCAUAACCAUUCGAGCGAAAGUCAAGAUGGCCGAGAUCAGACCUGGCACCUCAGAUUCGCAGCCCGUUUUAUAUGAAAUUCGAGAACAAGGAUUUUAG